AAACAAACCCAAUCAACAGGCAGCCUCCAAGAGAUCAGAGCUCCUCAAGCUCUUGUUGGACCUCAAUUUGCUGUUGUCUCUCUUCCUCUGGUUUUGAUAAUCUCUGAUAAAAAAAGCUUGAGGAGAGACAAACCCUUCGACCUUGCUGCCUGAUUUCCAUGGAGGUCUACGACAGAUCUAGGCCUUAUGGAAAUGGGCAAACGAUGCAGAUAGAGAGCUACUAUGGACCACCUGGACCUUAUGCUAUAAGGAGCUACAGCACUUCUUAUGCACAAACGCAGAUGGGUUCUAUUCAUAGGGACUUGAAGUUGAAGAAGGGCAAGAGCAUUUCUGGGUCUUCUUUUUCCAAGUCCUGGAGCUUCAAGGACCCUGAGCUUCAGAGGAAGAAAAGGGUUGCUAGCUACAAGAUGUACUCUGUUGAAGGGAAGGUCAAAGGUUCACUGAGGAAGAGCUUCAGGUGGCUUAAGGAUAGGUACUCGCGGGUGAUCUAUGGCUGGUGGUGAGUUGCUGGGUUCAAUUCUCUGAAUUUUCGUCUGUAUCUGAAUUCAUGUUCACAAGUUUGAAUUUUGUGCCGGUGAGGAGAAUUCUAGACUUAAGGGUUAUGAUCAGUUUUAUUUUCUGUAAGUUGGAAAACCUGCUACUUUGUCGGGUCCUGAUCCUUCUCAAGGGUGAUCGAAUUAUAGAUAUUUCCUUCUUUCUUCAACGCUUAUCAAGCUUUGUUUAUGUACUAAUUAAUUAAUAAUGCAAAGAAAAAAGCUUUAGUCGUGAA